GCGGCUCAGCUGUUUAAACCUCAGUCAGUCCGAGUCCCGGUCCGGGUUUGAAACUAGAAACGGUUUUCUCCGCUGGGUCGUGGACCGGAACUCACACACGGAGGUUUUUCUUUAACUUUUCAUCAUCUUUUCUCGGGUUUUCUCGGGUUUCUUCGUGUCUCCCGUGUUUUGGUCGGAGAGGAAUGAAGUCUGGAUCUCGCUGACGGACCGGCAGAUUUACGGCUCUCCUCGGUUCUUCCCUCUCGUUGAACCGGACAGAGGACCAGACAGACCGGGCAUCACCCGGAGCAGGACUGAGCCCGCAGACCGGGUUAAAAUGCCGGGGAUGAGGGGACUAGUCCUCUUGUGUCUCUGUCUGAACCUCCACACAACCCGGUCCUUCCCCAACCAGCUGCCCGACCUCAGCACCGAGCCGCACGGCCUGCCCUCCCUCACCGACCCGCUGCUGGACUACGACCGGCUGGACGAGGAGCUGGGAGGCGGCAGGGGGCGGAACUGGAACGGGACCGGCGGGGCGGAGGGCUGCGGACCGUGUGAGCUGGACCUGUGCCCGGAGACCCGCGGCUGCCGGGCGGGUCUGGUGCUGGACUCCUGCGGCUGCUGUAAGGAGUGCGGAAACCUGGAGGGCCAAGCCUGCGACCCGGGACAGCGCAGCGUCUUCUACGGGCUCUGCGGGACCGGGCUGCGGUGUCAGGCGGACCCGCGGCCCGCAGGAGGAGGAGGAGGGGGAGGGGAGGAUGAAGAGGAGGAGGUGUGUGUGUGUGAGGAGCAGGAGGCGGUGUGUGGCAGUGAUGGAACAACAUACGUGAACAUGUGCCAGUUCAGAGAGGCCGCUUUCUCCAGACCAGAGCUCAAGACCAGAGGGAGGGGGCCCUGCAAGACAGUCCCCAUCAUCAAGGUCCCUCCUCAGAGCCAGGUGAACGGGACGGGCAGCAGUCUGGUCUUCCUCUGUGAGGUCUUUGCGUUUCCGAUGGCUCUGGUGGAGUGGAGGAAGGAGGGGCGAGACGUCAUCCUGCCCGGGGACGACCCCCACAUCUCUGUCCAGUCUCGGGGCGGUCCUCUGAAAUUCGAGCUCUCCAGUUGGCUGCAGAUUGAGGGGGCGGAGCCAGGGGACUCUGGGACCUAUCGCUGCAUCGCUCGUAACAACCUGGGAUCUGUCUCGGCCUCUGCUGUACUGGGAGUACUGGGAGCAGAGGAGCUGUCGUCCUACCUGGCCAACAGCGUGGCGGAGAUGAAACAGCUGAUGGACGCCACAGACUAUGACCACGACUUCUACUGAACAACAUGUGACAUCAC